CCGGUUAAUCGUACACGGUCGUUCCGCGUGCGGUCAUCGUCCGUGUUUGGAUUUAAUUUUUUUUUACGACUACGAAAACAUAUUAUUCAUCAAAACUAUUAUAAUAUUACAUACGUUAUUGGUAUUGAAAAUUGUUUUAUUAUUAUUAUUAAAUUUUUUUAAUCGGUUCAUAACACCGUCGUUGCCGCUGCCGUCGCCCAACGUGUUCGUAUACGUGCGUAUCAAAUUUUUACUGAUUGCGUUAGUGCCGACCGCGAAGAUAACGACCGUUGAACAUUUUAGUACUGUUUUUAUUUUAUCGCCGUGUUCGCACUUUUUUCUACGCUGGAGGGCUUACCCGUGGUGGCGGGCGGAGAAGGGCUCAGGUUGGCCGCGGCCACCGGCGCCCAGUACCGCCGGGCCGUCGACGACGACCCCAAACUUCACCACAAGUUCCAUCCGGCCGGCUACGAGUUCUACCGGAAUUUGCACAAGUUCCACAACCUGAAUAACAACAACAAUCAUAGCAGCAAAAACAACAACAACAACGACUCUCCGCCCUCGGACAAGGCUGCGGUGGCCGCUGCGGCCGCGGCUGCCAUGCUCCUGCAACAGCACCGGAUCGGUGGACUGCUUGGCCGGCGUCCGUCGUCAUGCGACGCGUCUGUGGCCGCGGCGGCCGCUGCCGCCGCCGAUCUGCAACCGCUCGAUCUUAGCUCGUUGUCCGUGCCUAAGUACAACGGCGGCCGCUCGCAUCCGUACUUCUCCCCGAGCCCUCACCGAAGUGGCCAUCACCAACCAGCCACCAAGUCUGUGUCUUCGUCGUCGUCUCCGCCGCUCCGGCUACAGCCCACUGGUGCCGUCCUUGCGGCAGUUGGCGGUUCGUCGUCCGAAGACGAUGAAGACGACGAAGACGACGACAGUUUGGACAGGAGAAGCGGACACGAUUCGCCAUCGCUUCCUCACAACGUUCCAAACGAUUUAGAAGCUUCUUCGGACCGACUGAUGCAACAUCACAAAUACUACAACCGAGGAGACGGUACCGACGCCGAAAGUAUCAAGAGCCCCAAAUCUCCGUCGCCAAUGCCCGAAGAAGACGACAACGGCGACGAUGACGUCGACGAUGAUGAAAGGGCGGUAGACGACAUAGUCAAUCACAGCGAGGACAGUACCGGAAGCGAUUUGUUGCUCAAUUCGGACGGCGGAUCGCCGGACAGGACCGGAGCGUUAAAUUUGGUUUCACACAGACAUUCUGGAAGUUCGUCGAGCUCGGGCGUUAGCAGUACCGGACCGUCGGGCAACAGUUCUGCAAACGUCACGUCCGGCAGUGAUCCGUUGGCCGCUUUGCAAAACCAACAGUUCGCACAGAUUCCCGGACUGGGAGUUUUGUCACCUCAGAGCAACCCGUUAAUCGGAAGUCCGCCCGGCGGCCAGUCUUCGCUUACUCCGCAAGAACUACAAGCGCUUUUCCAGCAACAAAUCCAAUAUCUAUUGAUGAGACAGUCGACGGCUACUCACGGCAACCAGACUCCGUUCUUUUUUCAAAACCAGGUGCACCAGGCAUUGACUCAAGCGUCGCUUCAGCUGCAACAGAUCCAACAGGCUCAAACCAUGACUAAUAACCAUCAGCAUUCGCCCGCAGGCAACGGCACUAACAAUCAAUCGUUACGGCCCAUCGGCUCGUCUACGCCGUCCCAUCACUCCAAACACGGCGGCCAAAAUCAAUCGUCGGCCAACAACGACCUAGACUCUCCGGCCGCAGCGGCUCUCAGUCGGUUGGCCGAGACGAAGACAAGCGCGGACGACACUACCGAUCUGGAAGAACUCGAGCAGUUCGCCAAGCUGUUCAAGCAAAGACGCAUCAAAUUAGGGUUCACCCAAGGCGACGUGGGUCUGGCGAUGGGUAAGCUGUACGGCAACGACUUUUCCCAGACCACCAUUUCCAGGUUCGAAGCGUUGAACCUGUCGUUCAAGAACAUGUGCAAGCUGAAACCGCUGUUGCAAAAGUGGCUGGUGGACGCCGACAGCACGAUGACCAAUCCCAGCGCCUUGUGCAACCCGCUGACCACUCCCGAGGCGAUCGGCAGACGUCGCAAGAAACGCACCUCCAUCGAGACGUCCAUCCGGUACUCUUUAGAAAAAGCGUUCCGGGCCAAUCCGAAGCCCACGUCCGAAGAGAUAUCCAUACUGGCCGACAACUUGUCAAUGGAAAAGGAAGUGGUACGUGUGUGGUUUUGCAACCGUCGGCAAAAGGAGAAGCGCAUCAAUCCGCCGACUACGACUAUGGCCGGACAGACAGCGUCCACCAACACAGCUGACAUGUUUACCGCUUCCAUGUCGGUACAGAAUCAAAGCGAUAUGUUUCCGAUGAUGACGUCGCCCGGCCAUCCACUGGCUCUGGUGUCGUCGCCGACAAUCGGUGGUCAUCAUCAUCACCAUCAUCACCAAUAUAAUCAGAGCAACAGCGAGUGACACUGGUCCGUCUCAUCGUCCCUGAACAACAGACUCGAUGAGCUCGGCCAACACAAGUACUUCAGCGCUCCGGUCGAUAGUAAAAUGUCGAUGUGUUAGUCGGACAUAAAAACAUUUUGUAUCGAAAUUACUAUUUGUAUAUUUCUAGUAAGAACAAUAAUGCUAAGAUUUUUCCGAAUCGAAUAUAUAAAGUAAAACAAUCCUCGCAAUACUUAAUUAAGUGAAAUUCACUAUGACUUUAUUUUUAUUUCUAUGUAAUAUUUAUAUAUUAUUAAUAACAAUUGCAUAUUUUAUGUAUAGUACUUGUACAUACUUAUAAUUUUUUAACAAAGUUAGACAUUAGUAUUUUAUACGAUAUAUAUUAUAUUGAGCAUAUGGCUAGGUAAACGUAGGAGUUUUGUUUUUUGUUUUAUUGUGUAAACAAUGUUAAGCAAAGUUUUUGGUUUCAUACAUCAAUUGUAAAUAACGAGAUGUUAAACUUUAAGAUUAAUCAAAACGUCGUCACUGUCGGUCUGAAAAUCAAACCUUUUAUUAGUUUUGUUUAUGUUUGAAACAAUCAUUUUCCUCUCGUUAAUUAAUAGAUAUUAUAUCAUUUACUAAACAAAGAUUCUUAUUAUGUUUCUAGCAAUUUUGUUUUAUUUUGAAUUUAAAAUUUUGUUCUAUUAUUCACAGCGUUUGAGGUCUUAGAAAACUGCCAAUUUGAGGUGUUUUGGAAUACUCAACACGUUCAUUUUGUUACAUUUUGUCGUUUUAAAAUUAUUUUUAGUGGUUUUCCGCAUGUCACAUUUAUAAAAUAUUAGUAUAAUGGUUUGUUGGACCAAUCACUUAUGUAUUCUUCUUAGUAUCAAUGGGAAUUUAAAAAAAAAAUCAUAUGAAAAACUCAACUCGAAAAUAAUAAGUUAACUAUGCUAAUAAUAAAAAAAAAUGUCUUAGUUUUUAGGAAAAUAAAUAUCACAGAGACAAUAAACAUUAAUCCACUUAUAAUUGUUUUCUGUGUUUUAUUAGCAUCUCGACUUCAAAUCAUAUGUAAAUUAGAUUUCAGCUAAAAUUCUAUAUAUUAUCAAUAUUCAACGAUCAUUAAAAAAGUUAUUACAAUAAUUAUAAUACUAUUUUAUUGGUUGUUGGGUCCAUUCACUCGCACCUAAACGUUUUUUCUCUAACAGACAUAUCAUUAAAGUCUUUUCCCCUGAUUCAAUUUUUUUUUUUAUUUCCACUAAAGUUCCUAAAGUCUUGCCUACGAGGCAAUUAUGUAGUCAUUUAACAAUUUCUUAUCAUUAUUUAAGUCUUAGUGAUUAAUUGACAAUUGUUAUGUUUAAAUUUUGUUUUGUAAACCCUACCAGGGUUAACGGCAGUUAUGCAAUGCAUUAUUGAAGUUUUCAAAAAUUGGUGGAGCUGUAAAAAAGAAACAUUGUCUGUAUACUUGAGUAUUAUCAGCCUCUCUACGACUCAAUAUUAUAUUUUAUCCUAUUAUUUACAUUAUUUCAUUUUCUAAUAGUUAAGAGAAUAUUAGUAUUUUAUUUUGUUUAAUUUUUAAAUAAAAAUAUAUUGUUCCUACAA